UACGUCCCUGUGUGCGUAUGAAUUUCACGGAAAUUGAACUGUGUAGGAAAAGUAGCGUGGCGGGAAAGUGACACGUUCGCGAAGAUUGCAAGAUCGUCGCGAAGGAAAAUAACGUUUCGUAAAAUCGUAGUUUUCCGCAACAGGUGGUUGUAGAGCGUGGCUUACAAUUAAGUACAGACCGGAUGCGAUACCACCGAAGAUUUAUCGCUUUGGAUCGAUAUUUAUCCGUUUCGUUGUGCCAAUUACGUGGGACGAGCAUUUACAAAUACGAAUUAUAUUUCUCGAGGAAUAGCGAAACAUUAAUAAUACGCGAUCUCUGUGAACACCGGUGAAAUACAUUUAUCGUCAGUUGCGUAAUGUUAUUUGUAAUGUUCGGUGUUCAAUAGGAAAGUUGAACAAUGUCGUUUAUUUCGGUGAGCAACGAGGGAAAGAAGUCGUACGUGUGCCGGUGUUUGCCAGUAACAAAGGCUUGCAAAACCAAAUAUUUUUGGAGCUGCAUUACUCCCUUCUUGGGCGAUUACAUCAGGCAUCCGGUGUACGAACUGUCGAACAAGUAUGGAGUGGCUAGCAGUGACCAGGUGCCCCUGCCGGCUCGUCUCGACGAGCUCCGGGAGCACAUACGUCGAGAAAUACGCAAGGAGUUGAAGAUAAAAGCUGGCGCCGAGAAGCUGAGGGAAGUGGCGACCGAUCGUAAAGCGCUGUCCGACGUGGCGACGAUCGUGAAGAAGUCGAAUAGUAAAUUGAACGAGCUACAGGCUGAGCUUCAGCAGCUGGAGAGUCAAAUUAUAUUGACGCAGGGCCAGCCGCAGUCGCCGCAGCAAAAUCACUCGAACGGUCAAGACACGCCUCUGUCACCAAUGGGGCCGUCGUCGCCGAGUCAGGAGGGUCUAUUCACGGAUCUUCGUCUUUUGUCCUUGGAGAAGCAGCUCAAUAUUGAACUCAAGGUGAAGCAGGGAGCGGAGAACAUGAUACAGAGUUUGACGAGUGGCAGGGAUAAGAAAUUACUGCAGGAGGCUCAACAGAUGCUCGACGAUUCUCGCGCCAAAAUCGAGUUCCUACGCAUGCGAAUAAUGAAGGUGCGACAAGCUCGUCAGCAACAGCACGCGCGCGGAGAUGCGCCACCGCCAAAUGGAGAGGCGACUAGCAAUAAAGAUAGGUACGAGCCCAGUUUGGAGCUGGCGUUAGAAGAAAGAGUGGAGGAGCUACGGCACCGUUUACGAAUCGAAGCUGCAGUCGUGGAAGGGGCUAAGAACGUGAUACGUCUUCUACAAAGUGCCAAAGUCGCCGAUAAGAAGGCGUUAACGGAGGCCCAAGCAAGUCUCGCAGAAUCAAGUAGAAAAUUGGACCUGCUGAGAUUAUCCCUUGAACUUAGAAGGCAGGAAUUACCACCUGACAGCGGGACCGCUGCGCAAUUGAAGAGAGAAUUAGCUAGCGUACAAUCAGCCAGCCCAGUCCCUGUAACGUACACGUCUUUGCAACCAUUUCGCGGUCCUCUGGAGGGCAAAGCUACGGUGCCUGCUUCGGUUUCAAGAUGUGCUGCUGUCACUGGACAAUUAGAGGUAAGAUUAAUGGGAUGUCAAGACUUAGCGGAGGAAGUGCCCGGACGUACAAGAAGAGAGCAUCCUGCUAGUCCGGAUCUACGUAGUUUCGUUAAAGGUGUCACGGGACGUAGUUCGAGCAAAUCGUACAGUGUUAAAGAUGAAACGAGUAAUGAUAUUAUGGCGGUUAUUAAAUUGGAUAACCAAACAGUUGGGCAAACGAGUUGGCGUCCAUGUUCUCAGCAGGCUUGGGAUCAAAGGUUUUCCAUCGAACUAGAUAAAUCGAGAGAACUUGAAAUAGGCAUUUAUUGGAAAGAUUGGAGGUCACUUUGUGCUAUAAAGUUUUUACGUUUAGAAGAGUUCAUCGACGAUGUGAGACACGGGAUGGCUCUGCAAUUAGAGCCGCAAGGUCUUCUCUUCGCUGAAAUUAAAUUCUUGAACCCUAUGAUUUCGAGGAAACCUAAGUUGCAACGGCAACGUAAGAUCUUCAAACAACAAGUGAAAAACUUCCCGCGAGCUAAUCAAAUGAACAUUAACGUUGCAACAUGGGGCAGGCUUCUGAAGCGAUCAGCUCCUUCGUUACAUAAUACAAGAAACUCCGAAAGUCCGCCGUCAGGACCGCAACCUCUGCAACUAGUUUUCGACACGUCGUUAGAAGACAAACCAGAAACCCCUGGAGAAUUGCCUGAUCCUGAGAAGGGUGGCUUAGGCGGAGCUAGGCCCUUAGGAUUAUCAACUUCGAGUAAUAGUCCGACACUGCCACGACCUCCAGAACACCCUCCGCCUCCUCCACCUACGGUUACAAAGAAACCCUCGAUGCCUGCACCACCGCCGCCGCCGAAAUUAGACCAAGAGUUACAGAGUGCAUUAAGGGAAUUUGACUUCCUGCACAACGAGGAAAAGGGAGGUCCUCACGGGGCAAUUUUGAGGCCUCUCGUAACAGAGCCUCGUCCCGUGCUGAUUGCACCACCCUCUCCACGCACACCCUCGCCCCAACCCGUCGUCGAGUUUCCUGAAGAUGAGGUUGUAUACGAAAUGCCGAGCAAGCCUUCUCAAUACAGAGACAGUGCUUACGAGUCAAGGAGACACUCGCAACUUACGGGAAUGACUAUAGAGAACUUUAGGCUACUUUCGGUUCUUGGUCGUGGCCACUUUGGAAAAGUAAUCCUAUCGCAGUACAGAAAUACAGGGGAAUACUUUGCGAUUAAAGCACUGAAGAAGGGUGACAUAAUAGCCAGAGACGAAGUAGAGUCGUUGCUCUCGGAAAAGAGAAUAUUCGAAGUGGCGAAUGCGACUCGUCAUCCUUUCCUUGUAAAUUUGUUCGCUUGCUUUCAAACUGAGGCACAUGUGUGUUUCGUAAUGGAAUAUGCAGCGGGAGGAGAUCUCAUGAUGCACAUACACGCGGAAGUGUUCAGAGAGCCGCGGGCUGUAUUUUACUCGGCGUGUGUCGUGUUAGGUUUGCAAUAUUUGCACGAAAGUCGAAUUAUAUAUAGAGAUUUAAAAUUAGACAAUUUAUUACUGGAUACGGAAGGGUACGUAAAGAUUGCGGAUUUUGGUUUAUGCAAAGAGGGAAUGGGAUACGGCGAGAGGACAGGGACAUUCUGUGGCACUCCGGAAUUCUUGGCCCCCGAAGUUCUUACUGACACCUCGUAUACACGAGCUGUUGACUGGUGGGGUCUCGGCGUGUUAAUAUUUGAAAUGCUUGUUGGCGAGUCACCAUUCCCUGGUGACGAUGAGGAGGAGGUAUUCGAUUCUAUCGUGAAUGAGGAAGUUCAUUAUCCACGAUCGCUUUCACUAGAAGCGGUAGCAAUAAUGCGAAGGUUACUAAGGAAAAAUCCUGAUAGACGAUUGGGCAGUAGCGAGAAAGAUGCUGAAGAUGUUAAAAAGCAAGCGUUCUUCAGACAAAUAUCUUGGGACGAUUUACUCUUGAGACGUGUUAAGCCACCAUUUGUUCCCGUAAUUCGUUCUGUGGAGGAUGUUAGUAAUUUUGAUGAAGAGUUCACAUCAGAGAAACCCCAAUUAACUCCACCUAAAGAUCCUAGACCACUUACUGAUUUAGAACAAGAUCUAUUUACCGAUUUUACGUACAUGGCUGAUUGGUGCUAGCCAUAGUAACAGUGUCGAUCGUCUUUUUUGUUAAAUUUGAUAUAAUGAUCAUUUAGCGUUUUAUUAUUUUUUAAACGUCAUCUUAGGGGCAAUUAAUAACACCGAUAAUUAUACAUUUGUUCGAUUAUCAGGAUAGUAUGUUCCAUAUUUCCUAACGUUACGUCACUGUACAGAUGUUUUAUUUUUAAUACCGUCAUAUAAUUCGGCAUAUAGAAUUAAAAGAGGAAUGUUCAAUAUACGAAUCUCAGGUUUUUAAUUAAUAUGUGUGAAUGUAAAACGUUUAACUCGUAGUUUAUAUACAUUCAGAUUUGCAUUCAUCACAACUAUAUACAACGUAGUGAAUAAUCAAAGCCUUUUUUAAAUAGUCGAACGUAAUGUUCAGGUUUUUAAUCAACCGAAAGACCAGAAGGGAAACAUAAAUUGUACAAUUGUACUUUUGUAUCAUGUUCAUAUUUUGAUACAAGGCUGCCGUUUGUAAUCAGGAUUUAUAAAUAUUUAUACGGUUCAAUUGAAAAUGAUCAGAACUCGUCGCGAUUCUAAAUAUUGACCAAAUGAUAUAUCCGUUCGAAGUAUUAUUUCGCAACUUUCACUUUGCACGUACGUUUCUACGUAUAAUAAUCAUACUCCAGUUACUCAACAAUCAUAUAUCCUCGUAACGUAAAUAAUGUUUCACUGUAUAAACAUUAUAUAUUAUAAUUCAUAAAGUGCAGAAAAUAAAUCAAAACGUAGUUAUAUUUGCUCAUGCUCAUGUGAUAGAGAAUUGAAUGGAGAAAUGGCACUAUGUACGACAGUGUUGAUCAAUAUAAUCACAAUUAACACUGGACGCUUUAAUUAUAUUAGUCACGUGUACCUAAUCACUAAUACCGAACGGAAACUAAGACCAGUUAUUAACGAUUGACUCGUACCGAUGCGAAGUAUUAUUGACCGCAUCAGCGUUUACUUUUCAAAAAAGAAUUCCACAAGUUUGAUUCCUAUGAUGUUCUUAUACAUUUUACAGUAUCGCUUUAGUUACAUAUUUUCAUGGGUCCAGUGUGUGAUAGAAUACUUACGGUGUUCUAGUGCUAUACAUUGUAAAUAUGUAACCAAAUAUUGAGAAGUAACAAUGCGUAAGACUUGUAAGUACAAUAGCAUUAACUUAAUAUGUUACGUGGGUAACAGCCUAAGAUUUCAUUAGCAUGUUCUAUAAUAAACAUCACUUCAUAGCCUCCUCA